AUGGAUAAAAAAAAAGUAAUGGAAAGAAAACAAAUAGUUAGUGCGCUUAUGAUUGCAAUGGAAUCGUCUUCAUCAGAAAGUGACAGUGAAAGUGAGAACGAAGAGGAGUUAGCCAUAAUGCAAAAGUUAUCAACAAACCACGAUUUGUAUUCAAAUAUAUUGCUGCUGUUCCGUGAAAGGCAGCCUCGUAACUGCGUUAUUAAUUAUAUUGAGCAAACAGUGCCAACUUACACUGAAAGAGAAUUUAGGAUGCAUUUCCGAAUUUCCAAAAGUCUUUUUGAGAACCUAAGCGAAAGGUUCUUAGUCUCGGAUUUUUAUUGCAAUCUGCGGGGUUGCAUUGAUGGUAUGCACAUAAGGAUAGACCCGCCAAGUAAAGGAAAGGACGAUUAUAUUGACCGCAAAGGAAUAACAUCAAUAUGUCUGCAAGCUGUUUGCAACGAAAAUAAGAAAUUUCUGAACAUUUUCGUUGGCUAUCCAGGUUCUUGCCACGAUAGUUGGGUAUUUAAGAACUCAACGCUUUACAACAAAUUGCCCUCUUAUUGUAAAGAUUAUUACCUGUUAGGUGAUUCCGCAUAUCCCUGCAACAAAUACCUAAUCACGCCUUACAAAGAUAAUGGCCAUCUAACAAACGCUAAUAAAUUGUUUAAUAUUAAAUUAAGUUCCGGACGCAUAGCUAUAGAACAUAGCUUCAGAAUCCUAAAACAACGUUUCAGGCAGUUAUAUCACUGUAAGCUACGAGGUAUGAAAAAGCUCUGCCAUUUUGUAAGGGCUUGCUGUGUUUUACAUAACAUUGCUGACGAGGGAGAUUUAGAAUUUACGGCAGAGGCAACUCCGGAGCUCAAUGAGGAAAUCGCCGUGCAUGGCGAAGUUGCAAGGGGAAACUCUGUAAGAGAUUCGAUUUGUCGCGAUAUACAGCUCCGCCGAAAUCAAAAUGUUUAA